AUGGGUUGUGGUGUAAGUUAUAACACCAGCGGAUUAACUAUUGAAUUGUAUAAUCAAACACGAGAGAACUCCAUUUAUUUAUCUGGUGAAGAUAUCCACUGUGUUGUUCAAUUUAACAGUUUCGAAUGUGAUCCCGAGUUGAGAUUAAAAGGCGCUUUUAUUGAAUUAAUUGGUCAAGUUAUUUAUACAACAUCGUCAACAUAUCGUGAUUAUAAUGGUAAUAUGAGAACUACACAAACCAUUCAUAGAAUUCCAUUUCUUUGUCAACAUAAGAAUUUCUAUCCUGAUUUAACACCAGAUACUCCAAUGACGAUAUCCGAUUUUCGAUCAAGUGAUUUAUGGUUAUUUAAAUUUACUCUUCCACAUGAACUUCCUCCAUCACUUCCUCCUACUGGAUACUCUAAAUCACAAGUGAUUUAUUUUGUACGUGUUCUACUCGAAUGUGAUCAAUGGUAUCAUCCAAAUAUUCGUCAUUCUAUUCCGAUUACCAUUUAUCCUCGGAGGGAUGUUCCAUAUGAUAGUAUUCGUCAUCCCAUUGAAUCUGAAUAUACCAAUCGAAAAAAUAUGAAUUUGCACGUAAUCAUCAUUGAAAAUAUUCUCUUUCCUGGCACUCCUUUUCCUAUUCAAUACGACCUUCAUAAUCCUAGUUAUGCAACUGUUCAAUCUAUUCUUGUUCAAUUGUAUCAAUAUCGACAGAUGGGUUCCAGUGGACCUACGAAAAGUCUAGUUUUCGAAAUCAAAAUACCCGAUAUUCAGGAAUUUUGUCAAGAAUAUUAUCAUGGAGAAUUACAAUUGAUUGUACCGUUUCGAUUUCUUCCGCCUACUUCUUUUCAUCGAUUUGAUGCUGAUUCAAGAUUAAUGGAAUUUGAUCCAACUUCAAUUACGUACAAACUCGUAUUCGAAACGCAAAUCAGUGGAUUCUUCACAGAUUUUUCGCUUAAAGUUCCUAUUACUAUCGGCAUAGAAGAAAAUGAUAGAUCAUCGUUACCACCUUCCUAUGAAUCUCUCAUGAAACAGUCUUAA